AGCGUGACACUGGUAUCAAGCGAAAGGCUGCUGUCAUUGUCGACAACAUGUGCAAGCUGGUCGACGACCCCAACAUUGUCGCUCCUUUCUUGCCCAAGAUGAUGCCUGGUCUCCAGAAGAACUACGACAACUUGGCUGAUCCCGAGGCUCGUGAGAAGACCAAGCAGGCUCUUGACACCCUCACCCGUGUCGGUAACAUCAAGGAUGGCGUCAUCCCCGAGGCCCGCCUGGACGGUGCUCUCAACGUUGUCGUCCCCAAGGUCGAGGCCGUCCUCAAGCCCAAGUUCGCCAACUACGUCGAGAAGAUGGGCCCUGUUGUCCAGUACAUCGCCGCCAUGGCCGGUCAGCUCGUCGAUGAGAAGGAGGCCGAGCUCGCCAUCUGGAACGAGAACCUCAAGCCCUACGUUGCUGUCAUCUCUGGCAUCGACAACGCCGAGUCUCUCGUUGAGGCUCUCCGCCGAGCCGCUCUUCCCAGCGCUGCUGCUGAGGCUGACAAGGAGGAGGACGAGGAGGAGGGUGAGGAUCUGUGCAACUGCACUUUCUCUCUCGCCUACGGUGCCAAGAUUCUUCUCAACCAGACCCAUCUCCGUCUCAAGCGUGGCCAGCGCUACGGUCUUUGCGGUCCCAACGGUUCCGGAAAGUCCACCCUCAUGCGCGCUAUCAACAACGAGCAGGUCGAGGGUUUCCCCAAGCAGGACGAAGUCAAGACUGUCUUCGUCGAGCACGACCUGGACUCUGCCGAUACUGAGAUGACCACCAUUGAGUGGACCAUGAAGAAGCUUGCCGAGGCUGGCGUCACCAACACUCAGGAUGAUGUCGAGAAGCAGCUUCUCGACUUCGGCUUCACCGAGAUGAUGAUCAAGGGUGAGAUCAGCGCCCUCUCUGGUGGAUGGAAGAUGAAGCUGGCCCUGUGCCGUGCCGUCUUCGAGGCCCCCGAUAUCCUGCUGCUCGAUGAGCCUACCAACCAUUUGGAUGUCAAGAACGUUAAGUGGCUCGAGGAGUACCUCCAGAACUCCCCUUGCACUUCCAUCAUCGUUUCUCACGACUCCGGCUUCCUCGACAACGUCUGCCAGCACAUUGUCCACUACGAGCGCUUCAAGCUCAAGCGCUACCGUGGUAACCUGAAGGCUUUCGUCGAGCGCUGCCCCUCUGCCAAGUCUUACUACGAGCUCGGCGCCUCCGAGAUGGAGUUCACCUUCCCUGAGCCCGGUUUCCUCGAGGGUGUCAAGACCAAGGCCAAGGCCAUCCUCCGUGCCACCAGAAUGUCCUUCCAGUACCCCGGUACCACCAAGCCCCAGAUCACCGACAUCUCCUUCCAGUGCUCGCUCGGCUCCCGUAUUGCCGUCAUUGGCCCCAACGGUGCUGGCAAGUCCACCCUGAUCAACGUCCUCACUGGUGAGCUCAUCCCUACCCAGGGUGAGAUCUACCAGCACGAGAACAUCCGUAUCGCCUACAUCAAGCAGCACGCUUUUGCCCAUAUCGAUCACCACCUGGACAAGACCCCCUCUGAGUACAUCCAGUGGCGAUUCCAGACUGGUGAGGAUCGUGAGACCAUGGACCGUGCCAACAAGAUCAUCACCGAGGCUGAUGAGAAGGCCAUGGACAAGGUCUUCCGCGUCGAGGGUUCCCAGCGUCGCGUCAUCGGCAUCAACAGCCGAAGAAAGUUCAAGAACAGCUACGAGUACGAGUGUUCAUUCGCCCUGGGUGAGAACAUUGGCAUGAAGAACGAGCGAUGGAUUCCCAUGAUGACCGCUGACAACGCCUGGUUGCCCCGUAACGAGCUCCUGGCCUCUCAUCAGAAGAUGGUUGCCGAUGUCGAUAUGAAGGAGGCCCUCGCCUCUGGUCAGUUCCGACCUCUGGUCCGAAAGGAGAUUGAGUCUCACUGCGCCAACUUCGGCCUCGACGCCGAGCUGGUCUCUCACUCUCGCAUGCGUGGUCUGUCUGGUGGCCAGCGUGUCAAGACCGUCCUCGCCGCUUGCUCUUGGCAGCGACCCCAUCUUAUCGUCCUUGACGAGCCCACCAACUACCUCGACCGUGACUCUCUCGGUGCCCUGUCCAAGGCCCUCAAGAAGUUCGAGGGUGGUGUCAUCAUCAUUACCCACUCUGCCGAGUUCACCAAGGACUUGACUGAGGAGGUCUGGGCCGUCGUUGACGGUCAGAUGACUCCCUCCGGCCACAACUGGGUCCAGGGCCAGGGUGCUGGUCCCCGUCUCAAGGGUGACGGCGAUGAUGAGGAGGAGAAGUUCGACGCCAUGGGCAACAAGAUUGUCUCCACCAAGAAGAAGGUCAAGCUGAGCUCUUCUGAGGCGCGAAAGAAGAAGAAGGAGCGUAUGGCUCGCCGCAAGCGUGGUGAGGAGGUGUUCAGCGAUGAGGAUGAUCUGUAAAGAAAUCAUUUUUCCAACGCCGAUACUCGACCAUGUUCUGACGACAAACUUCUUUUGAUGACCACAUACCAUAUUUCCUUUGUCUUGCGUUGAUCAAAAGUUAAGGGUGCGUCUUGGUAAUGGAUGGACUGCACACUUGGGCUCCCGAUAGAGAUGGGAUGCUCUGUUAGACUUACCACCUGGGGAAAAUGGAUGGAGGCUGUGUCUGGGAUUGGAGGAUUCCAGAUGUGUUGAUUCCUUGGCCUUAGGUGGACUUGGAAGUUGGCAAUAGAUAGAGCCAAAAUAGACUUGAUAAGAUCA